CAUCACAUUAAAAACAUACACAAAUACUACAACACACUGCUUGCAUUGCCACGAGAUCCAUACCAGCUGUUUGUCGCCCUUACCCUUCAUUAAAACGGUUAUUGAACAAAAGCAAUCAUCAUGCCUCCCAAAGGCAAGCAAGGAACAAAAGGACAAAAGCAGAUAGCAGAAGAAAACAAGUCUACUCUUCUCUUUUAUAUUUACAUAAUUAGUGCAGUAAAUGCUUUAUAUUACUGUGUCUGGUUUAUAUUUUACUUGGAUGAUUUUACACUGGGACCAAAAUUCCUCUCAGGGUUAUCUGCCCUGAUCUACUUUGGCAGUUACAAGUUCAUGUCCUCUAUGGCUAAAACUGUGUACCAGAAUGGGCAGCUGAUUGAUGCUGGCAUUGAUCUUAACAUGGAGGCUGGCAUGGCAGAGCACUCAAAGGAUCUCCUGUUGCUUACAGCUAUAACCCAAGCUUUAUCUUUGUUAUCUGGAUACUUCUGGCUCUUUCUGCUACUGGCUCCUGUGAGAGCAUUUUAUGUGUUGUGGGUCAACAUUUUGGGCCCUUGGUUCUUCGCUCCAGCUGAAGAGGAGAAAGUCGAUGAAAAGAAGCAGAAGAAAAUGGAAAGAAAAAUGAAAAGACAACAGAUUGUUAGAUGAGAAGGGUAGACAUUUUUAGGCACUUUAUAUAGAGCACAAUCAUUCUUUACUUCCACAAGGAGGAAUAGUCCAAUGUUUAACUCUAGUAGUUUUUUAUGGGGGGCAUACAUUUUCUUUCUACAAAGGAUGUGUUCUCCAGAUUAAUUAGAUUUAAAUUUACUUGAAGGAUUUCUCUGCUGGACUGGAGGAUUUAGAUUAACCAGUUUAAAUGAAUUAUUUUCCUAUGCGCUGAUAGUUAUAGGUUGUAAUUUUAAUAUUUAAAUCUAUAGUGUUUAUUUAUUAUGCACAUUUUAAAUUAAAAUGUAAAAUUGAACCACUUUAAUGAAGUAAGUUAGGAUGAGGGAUGAAAGUUAACUGUAAAUGUGUGUGUGUGUUGUUUUAAUUAACAAUCUAUUCAUUAGCAGCAGCUGUGUGCUUAUGAUUUUUAAUUAUUUAUACUACACUUGGUCAUUGUUGAAGUGUAAUUAAAAUGGUUGAAUGAUGUGAUUAUUAUGUGGUUGUCAUAUUUCAUUCAGCUCACUCUUAACACUUUUUUUCAAUUUUACGUAAAUCGUGUCGUAUUUCAGGAUUGUUUGUGUGAUCAUCUAGUACUUAACAUGGAUUAUUUAGAUUUAAGGUGUAGCCUAUAAUUCGUAAUUUUCUUUAUGUAAAGCUCAACCAUAAAAUGUAACGUGCUACAUUACCAACCAUGACCCCUACAAAUUUUUAACCUUCUCUCACUUGCAAUAUGUUUGAUUCUCUUUUUUUUUUUCAAUUGAAAUAUUGCCAUCAUCAUUUUAAGCAGCAUUUUUAAAAAUACUACUAUUACUCCAUUUUAAAUUUCUGAACUGCUAUCACUAGUAUCACCAUUUUAUUAUCUGCAUUGUUGUUAAGAACUUAAACAGGCUGGUUAAUAAAUAAACUUUGCAGAACUU